AUGGCGGUUAUCGAGGAGGAUAACAAGCAAGUCUUCCAGCCGACAGCUGCAGAAGAUAUACGUCUUGAGAAUCUUGGCUAUGAACAAGGCACGAGAGCUGUCCCAAACGGAUGGACUAUACUAACAUGGACUGCCUUGAGCGGCGUCUUUAUUGUAGGAGUCACGUCCGGUGGCCCUCCGGUCAUGGUAUUCAGCUUCAUCGGCGUCAGUCUUCUUACACUUGCAGUUGCAAUUCCCAUGGCGGAGAUGUGUUCCAUGUACCCUGUUGCGGGGGGUCAGUACUCGUGGGUGGCCGCUCUGGCUCCCCCAAAGAUCGCACGCGGGCUGUCAUACAUAAGUGGAUGGUUCAUGCUUAUAGGGGUUCUUGCAAUGGGUGCCACGAACAAUUACAUCGCUGCCAACUUUGUCCUCGGAAUGGCCAAUCUCGUCUUUCCUGAAUACACCAUUGAACGAUGGCAGACCGUUCUUGUUGCGUACCUCGUUGCUUUUAUAGCUGCCGCCAUCAAUAUAUGGGGCCCUCACCUACUCAACCGCAUAUCACGCUUCAUCCUAAUCUGGAACGUGGGCUCCUUCAUCAUCACCAUGAUCGUCCUCCUCGCCACAAACGACCACAAACAAGCCCCAGCGUUCGUUUUCUCCGAGUUCCAGAAUUUCACCGGCUGGGGUCCAGCGAUGGCCGCUAUCGUCGGCAUCCUCCAGUCCUGCUUCGGGAUGUGCUGCUACGAUGCACCCGCACACAUGACCGAGGAGAUGAAGUCCGCCUCGAAAGAAGCCCCCAAAGCCAUCAUUCUCUCCGUCGUACUCGGCGCAGUCACCGGCUUCGCAUUCCUCCUCACCCUCUGCUUCUGCAUCGGCGACAUUAACGAAACGGCUAGCACAUCCACCGGCGUACCUGUCAUUCAGAUCUUCUACGAUUCCACCGGCAGCAAAGUUGGUACGUGCUUCCUGUCUAGCAUGAUCGCCGUCAUUGUCAUUGUUGCGGGGAACAAUCUGCUCGCUGAGGGCUCACGCUCUGUCUACGCAUUCGCCCGCGACCACGGCCUGCCCUUCUCCAAGGUCUUUGCCAAAGUUGAAAGCAAGCGCCAAGUUCCCGUCAACGCCGUGCUACUGACACUGGCUGUACAACUCGCUCUGGAUGCUAUUGAUUUUGGCACCGCGACUGGAUUCGAAACUGUAAUUGCGAUUGCAACAGAGGGAUUCUAUUUAUCAUACGCAAUGGCCCUCUUCAGCCGGCUCCUUGGCUACUUCACUGGCCACCAGAAAGAAAUGAGGGGUCCCUUUUCUCUGCCGCCGUGGAUCUCGAUCACCCUCAAUGUCCUGGGGCUUCUGUUUCUGCUCUUCGCAUCUAUCACUUUCAAUUUCCCGUCUUAUUACCCCGUUGACAAGGACUCCAUGAACUAUACUUCAGCCGCCAUUGGUGUGGUUGCGCUGAUCAGUCUUGUUACCUGGUUCACUACCGGUCAGAAACACUUCACUGGACCGGGAGGCAUGAGCGUGUUGCAUGGACGGGAGGAGGUGGUUCGAUCGGAGGCAGAGGUAGAGAAGAAGUAA